GUUCCCGGGUCACAUGAGGGAGGCUGGGGCCGCCCGGCGGGGGAGGCAGUGGGAGCGGACUGCGGCCGGAGCCCGGGGCGGGGCCGCCGGGAGGCGGGGCGGGAGCGGGCGCGUCCAGAGAGCCCCUGGGCCGCGGCGGGAGAGGAGCGCACAGCCUCGGGGAGCGCAGGCCCGGCAGCCAUGGCGGUGGAAGGAGGGAUGAAAUGUGUCAAGUUCUUGCUCUACAUUCUGCUGCUGGUCUUUUGCGCCUGUGCACUGGGACUGAUUGCUGUUGGUGUAGGGGCCCAGCUUGUCUUGAAUCAGACCAUCACCCAUAGGACUAGCCCUGGCUUCCUGGUGCCUGUGGUCAUCAUCACAGUGGGUGCCUUUCUUUUCCUGGUGGCAUUUGUGGGCUGCUGUGGGGCCUGCAAGGAGAACUACUGUCUCAUGAUCACAUUUGCCAUCUUCUUAUCUCUUAUCCUCCUGGUGGAGGUGGCCGCAGCCAUUGCUGGCUAUGUGUUUAAAAAUAAGGUGAUAACAGAGUUUAAUAAGGACUUCAAGCAGGAUAUAGAGAAUUACCUGAAAGACAACCGUACAGCUUUAGUUGUGGACAGGCUGCAGGAAGAGUUUAAGUGCUGUGGGGCUGCCAACUACACAGACUGGGAGAGCAUUCCUUCCAUGGCCAAGAUCCGUGUCCCUGACUCCUGCUGUGUCAAUGUCACUGUGGGCUGUGGGAGUAAUCUCAAGGAGAUCUAUACAGAGGGCUGCGUGGAGAAGAUCGGGGGCUGGCUGAGGAAAAACAUACUGGUGGUGGCUGCAGUCGCCCUGGGCAUUGCUUUUGUAGAGGUUUUGGGAAUUGUCUUUGCCUGCUGCCUUGUGAAGAGUAUCCGAAGUGGCUAUGAAGUAAUGUAGGGGAUCUGGUCUCUUUAGCUCCCUCAUCUAGGGGAGUAGAGUAAUAUCAUUCUCCAGGUUUUUCAAUUAAACAGAUUUUUUCAGACCAAAAAGAGAGAUGGUCUGAUUUUGUC